AUGUCAGGCCCAGGCCCAGGCUCAAGCUAUUACAUUGGACCCUUCGGCCGUAUGUUACCCACUGCAGAUGGCCCAUUCUCGGAGCAGCAGUCCGAGCAUCCAGCUAAUUUGCAAGAUUCUGAGGACCCUCCAUACCAACUUCCACCCCCGCGUGUACCGACCAGUUUACAAUUUGGGACAGACAUGUCUCUAAGGACAGACAAUUCCGACGGUAAAGACAUUGGAUCCCAGAAGCCCGAACAACUCCCAUCUUUGAGCCAAAUUUUCACCACCGAAGCGCCUCCUGGGUCACACUCUCAAGUAUACGCCCCUUUGACCCCUGGCACCGAACGCCGUGAAUCUACAUACAAUUUCCCCCAUCAUGACUUGAGAUUAUCUGCACAACGUUCCCAGUCCGCCAUGCAUGAUAGAGUGAAGGGCCGCCCCGAACCACUUCCUCCAUCCCACAAUACCAGCCUACCUUCGUUAUCUCAGGUGACUUUACAGAGUCACAGAGACUUGUCCCAUCACACGUCCACGAGAAGCGAUCCAUCCACUGCACCAUUCCCUCUUCCGUUGUCAUAUACCAGCGCAAACCCACACGAUCAAGGACCCGGCGGAGAGCCUUCAUCGUCUGAUAGCUCGGGCCGGGCAGCAAAGACACCAGUCCGACCUGCUGUGAUAGAUGAACGAGUGAUUGAGGGAGAAGGAUUAUGCUUCAUAUACGCCGAUGGAUCAUACUGCCCACAGACUAUCGACGGCACGCCCGUAAAUGCUAACUGGGGGGUCACCAAGGCCGGGAGGCCUAGGAAGCGGCUUGCACUGGCAUGUUUGACGUGCCGCGAGAAGAAGAUUAAAUGCAAUCCUGCCACUGAGGCUAUUUGUGAUCAAUGCCGGAAAUCUGGACGAGAAUGCCGGUUUGAAAGUGCACCUGAUCCCACCCAUAUCGCCUCGGAUAGUUCUCCGUCACUUUACAACGUCACUCGAGACUCGGCUAGUGUGACCUCUUAUUCUGGAGCCAAUGGACAAUCACCGGCUUCAGAGGGCUCGACUCUCACACCAUCGGCUCAAGAUGCCACGUAUGAAAGCAUGGCCGAUGCAGACAGAGCUCUAAGGUCCCGGUCCUACCGAUUCCCACCACCCUUCUCCAGUGCAGAUGACACCCUCGGACGAGCUUCGGCACAUAUCGAGAAUCGUCGUUCGCCCGAGUACUCUGAGAUUCUUGGGGAACUCAAAGAAAGCAACCUUAACGACCCACUGAUGACCUCUUGGUAUCUCGACCCGUACGAGAUCGACCCAGAGACGACUUUACAUUAUACUGAGUGCUUCUUUUUGCACGUGAACAACGUUCUGUACCACAUGUUCCCGCAUUCUCGAUUCCCUCUGUGGUUGAAAACGUGCCCUACCAAAUCUGCCGAAGACAAAAUGCUUCUUUAUUCCAUGAUGGCUCUCGGGUCUGUGUUUUCGAAUAAAUCGGACAAACUUGGAGCUAUGAAGCAAUAUGCUCGUAUAGCCCGCUUUGCCAUCAACAAAAGCCAGCAUAAACUCUCUUUGCAGCUGGCACAGAGUCAUAUAAUCAUGAGCCUUUGGUACUACGCUACGGGUUCGUUGGCCGGGUCUUGGGACUCGAUAGGGGCAGCGGGACGAGCGGUCUUUGGACUUCGCUACAAUGUGGAGUCCGGAGGCGUCGUCAACCAAACCCAGACGAAUGACUACGGGCUGCACCCACAAGCGUUGAUUGAGUGUCGUCGACGCACAUUUUGGAUCGCAUUCGUGCUUGAUCGCUUUUCAAGCCUCUACUCCGCUUCAUUGACUAGCAUCUCGUCGGAUGCGGCCUUGUUACGACUUCCCUGCAGGGAAGAAAUCUACGAAGCCCAACAAUACGCAACCGUGCCUUAUUUCCAAACCUUCCUCAACUACUCUGCGACUUCCCCAGAGAAUGAUCGCUCUACCCUCAGCGCGAUGGCUUUCAUGAUCGAGAUCAUGGCUGUGUGGGGGGAUGUUUCCUUACAUGUUACUCGUUUACCUCACAUUCCCCCUGAGGCGUACAAUCGACUUUCCGAGGAUUUCCAUGCUACCAUCGUUCAAAAGGCAAACCAUUGGAUCAACCGACUACCCGACUACUUAGCAUUCUCGUCCAUGAACAUGGAGCGGAAUAUCCGACAAAGAAAAGCAGACACUUUCAUCUCGAUCCACCUGUUCUACCACGCCAGUUUGAUGAAGCUAUACAGACACGCCCGAUACCAGACCCUACGACCCGAAAUUCUAGCUCAGUACAUUCAUAGAGCACGAUACCACGCCGUCGAGAUCAUUCGCAUAGCACUUGCUUUUGACCAAUAUUCCAAAGACAUCAAGUCAUCCCAACUCGCCACGGAGUCCUCUGCAUCUCAAAUAGCUCUCCUCAACCCAUUCCUGGGUUACCUCAUUCUCUCAGCCGUGGACGUUCUGGGAGCAGCUGGCUUGGCUUCUCAGUUACAGGAGUGCAUCUCGUAUACUCGAAGUGCACUGGACACAGUGCAGGAGCUGAGUCGAUACUGGGACAGCUCUUUGCAAUUGGUUGCGGUUCUCCAAAAACGUCUCGGGCUGAUGGUUGGCUGCCUGAAUGAGCGUAGUGUCAUCGAAGAGAAGCAGGGCUUCGCGUUGGAGGGACCAUCACUUGAAACCAAAGCUCACACUGGGGCUUUACUCUCACAUCCACCUUCUACCUUUGGCGAAGAUCUUUUCUCAGGCUCAAUGCCCAAAGACGUGCUUUUGAAUGCUUUGCGAGUUGACGAGACCCUCAUCUCAGUAAGCAACAUUGCUUGGAUCAGAGAUCCAUGA